CACAACACAUCGUAUCCUUCACAUAUCAAUUUUUUCUUCAACCCCUUCAUUUCUCACCUCCACACCAACAUGGCCCAACGCUUCCAACUGAACCCAAAGCCCUUCACUGACCCACCGGCCGAUCGUCUCAACAGGGUCUCUCUUAUCCCAAGAUCUGCCGAGCAGAAGCAGGCUGACAACUUAGGCGAGAGGCGUCCUUUAGCCCCUAGAACUCAUGAAGACAAACCCUUUGGUGAACAUUCAGAUGGUCUCCACCAUCACCAUGCUCCUCCACAAAAUGUGGAACAUGAUAAGGUGAUGGAUCAUGGCCACGAGAAUAAGAUGGGUUCUCAUGUAGUCCCUAAGACCGGACAUCAUCCUCACUCAUCUGAGGAACUCCACGAUGUCAACAGUCGACACUCCUUGGUUCCAAGAUCACUAGGACACAACUCUCUCGGUGGAAGAUUUGGACCUGGAAAGCACCAAGCUUUCCAGAGAAAUGGGAGACCCAUGUUUUCACUUUCUGAUGACCGAGUUAUGGCUGAUAGAGUCUUGAAGACUCAUAGUCCAGACAUGGUCUUCUUUGAUGUCAGAUCACUUCUCUCCGUUGUUGAUGACAUCUUCAAGUCUUAUGUCCCAUCCAUUGACUCCUCUGCUUCUCAGCCGUCACUGGUGUUCAAGGACUACGCUGAUCAUGCCUCCUUUGAACCUUUCGCUGACCUCAUCGAACAAAUCACUUGCGAGAUCGACUGCAAGUGCCUUCAUACCGGUGAGUCUCACGGCCUGAUGACAUCAGGGCUUCAUUUAGACAGUCGCAAUACGACGACGUUCUCUGUUCUGUCCCUUGUCUCAAAAUACCGUUGGGAUGCUAAGCUAGUUCUUGUCCUAGCCGCUUUAGCCGUUAAAUACGGCGUUUUUCUCCUCUUGGCCGAGACAUACGCAACAAAUCAGCUAACUAAAUCUCUGGCACUCAUCAAACAGCUCCCUAGCAUCUUCUCUAAGCAGAACGCGUUACACCAGCGUCUCGACAAGACAAGGAUUCUGAUGCAAGACAUGGUUGAUCUCACCACUACCAUCAUCCAGAUCUAUCAUCUCCCACCUCACCACAUCACAGCUGCGUUUACCGAUCAUAUCCCUACUGCGGUUUACUGGAUUGUCCGCAGCGUUCUGAUCUGCGUUUCUCAUAUUAGUGGGGUCAGCGGUUUCAAGCAGGACCAAGUCAUGUCGUUUAUGGAAGUUUCAGAAAUACAUGAGAACAGUGAGAGGCUUAGGAAGAUCAAUGCUUACCUUCUAGAACAACUCAAGAAGAGUCACUUGACCAUUGAGGAAGGUAUAGUUGAAGAAGAGUACCAAGAACUCAUUCAGACGUUCACUACUAUCAUCCACGUUGACGUUGUUCCUCCUCUGCUUCGUCUUCUCAGACCUAUUGAUUUUCUUUACCAUGGAGCUGGUGAAUCGAAGACACGUGUUGGGAUCAACGUACUCACCCAAAAGCACGUGCUGCUUCUUGUAUCAGACCUAGAAAACAUCGAAAAAGAGCUCUACAUUCUCGAAUCCCUCUACACAGAAGCAUGGCAGCAAUCAUUCGAGAUUCUAUGGGUUCCAGUUCACGAUUCAUGGACAGACGCUCAUGAUGUCAAGUUCGAGUUACUUCAUUCGAAGAUGAGAUGGUACGUUCUUGGAGAGCCUCGGAAGUUAAGGAGAUCCGCGGUUAGGUUUGUUAGAGAAUGGUGGGGGUUCAAGAACAGACCUAUACUCGUUGCACUUGAUCCCAAAGGUCAAGUUAUGUCCACUAACGCUUUCCCCAUGGUCUGGAUCUGGCAAUCAUUCGCGUAUCCGUUCACCACCGCAAGGGAACGUGAUCUGUGGACUGAACAGGAGUGGAAUCUUGAGUUCUUGAUUGAUGGCACUGAUCCUCACUCCCUCAACCAGCUUGUAGAUGGAAAAUACAUAUGUGUAUAUGGGGGAGAAGACAUGCAAUGGAUCAGGAACUUCACGAGUCUAUGGCGUAGUGUUGCAAAAGCCGCAAACAUUCAACUCGAGAUGGUUUACGUUGGAAAAAGAAACCCUAGAAACGGACUCGAGCCAAUAAUCAACACAAUCAGAGAAGAAAACAUCAGCCAUACAUUACCGGACGUUUUUCAGAUCUGGUUUUUCUGGACGAGGAUCGAGGGUAUGUGGGAGUCGAAACAGAGAAUGCUGAAAGCCCAAAGAACAAGAGGGAGAGAAGGGUUUAAAGAAGAGGAAAAGGACCUUGUGCUGCAAGAAAUAGUUGCAUUGUUAGGUUUUGGAGGAGAAGGAGAUGGUUGGGGACUAGUGAGUAAAGCUUCGGACAUAAUGGUUCGAGCCAAAGGGAACUUGUUUUCAAAGGGUUUGUCUGAAUUUAACCAAUGGGAAGUUAAUAUUCCGGCACAUGGUUUUCUGAAAGCACUCAAUGAUUAUCUGAUGAUGCAUCAGCCACCACACCACUGCACAAGGUUCAUGCUUCCUGAGACUGCUGGGAUUAUACCAGAGGAGGUCGAGUGCACUGAGUGCCGUAGGACCAUGGAGAAGUUUUACUUGUACCAAUGCUGCCUUGAGUAAGGGGUAAGAUGGUUAUUUGGAAGCUUCUUAAUAAAACCAAAGUUUGUCUCUCUCCUUUUUUUUUCUCCUUCAAUUAUUACUUGUUGUGUUUCUCUACUUCAUGUUGUUGUUGUUGUUACUGCUGCUUCUGGCCUAUUAAAAGCAGAAUCUUUGUACUAAAAUUUGUGUGUUU